CUAAAGUCACCGGAAAAAGUAGUGUUUCUGUCACCGGAACCACAAAAAAUGGCUUCAUCGGAAAAUGAACAGGAGGUACAGUCACCGGAAAAAGUGGUGGUGCGAUCACCGGAACAAUUAGAAAAUGAGAUUGAAAAGGAGAAGAAAAGAAAGGUUCUGAUAAUUGGAGGAACUGGUUAUAUCGGUAAAUUUAUAGUGGAAGCAAGUGCUAGAGCCGGUCAUCCAACUUUUGCUCUAGUUAGAGAAAGCUCUAUUACAGAUCCAAAUAAAUCUGAUCUCUAUAUGAGUUUUAAAGAUUUUGGAGUCUCUCUUAUUCAUGGGGAUAUAGAUGAUCAUGAGAGUUUGGUGAAAGCAAUGAAACAAGUUGACGUUGUUAUUUGUGCCGUUGGAAAGGAUUUGGUUGCCAAACAGACUAAGGUUAUUGACGCCGUUAAAGAAGCUGGUAACAUUCAGAGAUUCUUUCCUUCUGAAUUUGGAAGUGAUGUGGAAAGAAACAACGUAGUAGAGCCAGCAAAAUCAACAUACGCAGUCAAAGUUAACAUUCGUCGAGCAAUCGAGGCGAAUAAUAUCCCUUACACAUACGUUUCUUCCAACUGUUUUGGCGAACGUUUCCUUUCGACACUUGCCCAGUUUGAAGCCUCCACUCUUCCAACUGAGAAGGUUGUCAUUUUAGGCGAUGGCACUCCUAAAGUGGUUUUCAAUAGAGAAAUCGACAUUGGGACAUAUACAAUCAAAGCAAUAGAUGAUCCAAGAACCUUAAAUAAAACUCUUUACAUAAGACCAACAAACAACAUUGUCUCCCUCAAUGAGCUCGCGACAAUGUGGGAGAAGAAGAUUGGCAAGUCUCUCGAGAAAAUUUAUGUACCUGAGAAGGAAGUUCUCGAGAAUAUAAAAGAAGCUGAUUUUCCAAUGAAAAUGGCAUUAUCACUUUGUCACUCUGCUUUCAUAAAGGGGGAUCAAACUAACUUUGAAAUCGAGUCGUCGUUUGGAGUGGAGGCUUCGGAACUCUAUCCCGAUGUCAAGUAUACAUCUGUAGACGACUAUCUCAACCAAUUCGCUAAAAAACUUUUGAACUUUUAAGUGUUUGUUUUGUGUGGUGAAUUCAUAUUAUAUUGGAAUGACAAUUCCAAUUAUGUUGUUAAUUUAAAAGCUUAAAACUAAGAAUUUGAAUUUUUAUUGGA